CGCCGCCGCCGCCGCCGCCGCUCGAGCGGGCGCGGGCUGGGCCGUGGAGGCAAGAUGGUGGACUACAGCGUGUGGGACCACAUCGAAGUGUCCGACGAUGAGGACGAGACGCACCCCAACAUCGACACGGCCAGCCUCUUCCGCUGGAGGCACCAGGCCCGGGUGGAGCGCAUGGAGCAGUUCCAGAAGGAGAAGGAGGAGCUGGACCGCGGCUGCCGCGAGUGCAAGCGCAAGGUGGCCGAGUGCCAGCGCAAGCUGAAGCAGCUGGAGGUGGCCGAGGGCGGCCAGGCCGGCCAGGCCGAGCUGGAGCGGCUGCAGGCCGAGGCGCAGCAGCUGCGCAAGGAGGAGCGCAGCUGGGAGCAGAAGCUGGAGGAGAUGCGCAAGAAGGAGAAGAGCCUGCCCUGGAACGUGGACACGCUCAGCAAGGACGGCUUCAGCAAGAGCAUGGUGAACACCAAGCCCGAGAAGGCGGAGGAGGACUCGGAGGAGGUGAAGGAGCAGAAACACAAAACCUUUGUGGAGAAGUACGAGAAGCAGAUAAAGCACUUCGGCAUGCUCCGGCGCUGGGACGACAGCCAGAAGUACCUGGCGGACAACGUGCACCUGGUGUGCGAGGAGACCGCCAACUACCUGGUCAUCUGGUGCAUCGACCUGGAAGUGGAGGAGAAAUGCGCGCUCAUGGAGCAGGUGGCCCACCAGACCAUCGUCAUGCAGUUCAUCCUGGAGCUCGCCAAGAGCCUCAAGGUGGACCCCCGGGCCUGCUUCCGGCAGUUCUUCACCAAGAUCAAGACGGCCGACCGGCAGUACAUGGAGGGCUUCAACGAUGAGCUGGAGGCCUUCAAGGAGCGUGUGCGGGGCCGCGCCAAGCUGCGCAUCGAGAAAGCCAUGAAGGAGUACGAGGAGGAGGAGCGCAGGAAGCGCCUGGGCCCCGGCGGCCUGGACCCCGUGGAGGUCUACGAGUCCCUGCCUGAGGAGCUGCAGAAGUGCUUCGACGUGAAAGAUGUACAGAUGCUGCAGGACGCCAUCAGCAAGAUGGACCCCGCCGACGCCAAGUACCACAUGCAGCGCUGCAUCGACUCCGGCCUCUGGGUCCCCAACUCCAAGUCCAGCGAGAGCAAGGAGGGGGCGGGGGUGGGCCCCGGGGACCCGCUGCUGGACGCCGCCCCCAAGGCCGGCGCGGAGGAGGACACCAGCGCCUGACCCGCCGCCGCCGCCCGGAAAACACAAUAGAUGCCCUCUUCCCAGCUCCCGCUUCUGUGUCCGCUGCUGCCCCCAGCCCCGGGGGGCCGCCCUCCCCUGCCCCGCGCCCCCCCCACCGCUCAUCCCACUCUGCUUCCACCCAAGGGGCUUCCCCGGCUGCCCCCUCCCCGUCAGCGCUAUGCCAAAGGCCCCGGGGUCCGGGGAGGGGCAGGGGUCGCCACACUGGUCCGCUGGGCGGGGGGGAGGGUCCCCAGCCCAGGGGCCGCGGGCUCUGUUUUCUCUGUUGGCUGUCGAAUCUUCUGUUUGGAAAACAGCAGUGAUCUUCCAAUAAAGGAUUUCAGACGCUC